AUCGGCACCGAACGCCCGCUGUGAAACCGCUGUCGUUUGCCGGGCUGUGCUUUGCAGCAGUGAUAGAUAGAGAGAGAGAGUAGAGAUAGAUAGAUAGAUAGAUAGAUAGAGAGAGAGAGCAAAGAAAAAGUCAUGGUUACGGUAUAGAAAGGGACUCACAAUUGCGACACAAAAAUGGUUGAACUCGAAGAACUAGGGCCUCCUCUUCCGCCGCCGCAGGCAUCAUCUGAUGCUGCCCCUCCGCCGCAGCCCGCACCCCCUCCCCGAUUCGAUCCCAGCCGCAUGAUUGGUAUUAUCAGAAGGAAGGCCUUGAUAAAAGACUUAGCUGCUGUAUACCAUGCAGAGUGCCUUGCAUACUGUCAAGAACUGUUGGAACUCCAAAGAAAGUGGGAAGAGCCACAUACAAACACAAAAACUCCGGAGGAUUCAAGGAAAGAAACGAUGAGGCCCCCCAAACGCUUGAAGAAAUCUUGCUAGGCAUCAAUUUUCAUAUGUGGCGAUGCCUUCAGUAUUUUAUUGAAAUCCCUACGGCUGGAUAAAAUGCAUAUUCUCAAGCACCCAAGAGUUGAAGAGACUGGUUGGAGCCAACAGAUAGGAUGAAUCUGAAAUUAGUAUUAGUUAAUACAGGAUCAUUAUUGUGGGUAAGCAUCACAAUAACUCACAAUGUGUAUAAAUUUGUGGUGUGGAAGUGUGUCAAUCUUUUCCUUUUGUUUGUUGGGACAUUCUACUUGUGUAUCAUCCAAUGCAUUUUGUUUAAAUUGAUCAGGAAUUAGAACAGUUGGUUUUGAAAUCUACUGGUUUUUACUUCCUAUACUUCUUCGCUA